UCAGAUAUCAAACAACAAAGCAUUUUGCACCCCGAUACAGGAGUCAUAAGCGCAACACCAUUAAAAGGCGAGCGCGCCUAUUGAUCAAAAAACGAGGUGAAACAUCUUUGCGGUCGAAAGUUCGAGAAAAACUUGUUGUCCCAAGGAAACUGUGAAAGACGACAGAGUUUUAAUGUCAAGCUACAGCCCAGUUAACGAGAUAAUGGAUCGUAGAGUGAAAUUUCCACACGAUUUGGUUUUCCAUGACAUGGUCAAAGAUGGAGACCCUUCAGAAAUGUGCUCGUUUCUGAAACGGCCAAGCGUUGAUACAGAAAUGCUGGUGAACACUGAAGGAGGCCAAGCAAAUCCGGCUUUUCAUCAGCUUGUUAAAGACGGGAACUUAAAAUGCAUUCGAAUGCUUGUGACUUUGGGAGCAGAUGUUAAUAUGAGAGAUGAAGAUGGUUGUACACCGCUUCACCACAGCGUCACAGCCGGUAAUGUAGCAGUGACGAAAUUUCUCCUUCGUAGCGGAGCUAACCCUGAUAUUGGUAAUUACGACGGCCAGUGUCCUGUCGAUCUUACAGACGAUUUCGACUUGAUCGAAAUGCUGGUGAAGCAUUCACCGGAGGAAAUUAGACGAAAAAGCAUGGCAGCAGCCAAAUGAGAUAGAGUGCGAGAAUUGUUCAAAUUUUUGUAUAUAGAAAGCAGCCUUUGCUUUUAAUCUGACUCCUUGACUUAAUGGAAACGGUUGAAGGGCUUCGCCGAACGUUUAACGCGAAGAACUUUGAAUAUGCGCUGAUAUAAAGACUCUGUAAAUCGCCGGGACACUUCAGCAGAACAGAAAAGAAAUAACAACAAAGAACUGAAAAUGUUUACAUUCAUAUAAACGUAAGAAUCCUUUGCUCAGUUUUGGUGGAGCUUUUGAACUUUUCUUUAUCGUUGUUCACUGGCUGAUAAGUUAGACACAAACGCCGAUCAUAGAGCCUUUUUGGCAAAAAAAAAAAAGAUUCAGAACAUUCUAAAGGAGAGAUCGGGUUCUAAAUGUGGCUGUCGUCGGCAAUAAAAUGCAAAAUAUUGCGAAAAUUCGCUUAAUCAAGUACGUGUAAAAUAUAUAUUCAAUUAUUCUGAGUGAGGUUAGGGAAAAGGGUAACAUAUGAAAUAUUUAUUGCUCAUCCAAAUGCCGCAGAUUUCUUCGGUGCCUUUAAUUCUGUAUAGUUAUCGACUUGACGCGGACUUAAAUUUAUUAAGAAUUCUCUCGAAAACAAACCACGCGGCAGUUUUCGUCGAUUGAGCAAUCUUGUAGACAUACACAAGUCAACAAAGUUGAGCGAUAUGUAAUUUUAGAGUUUGGGCUCAUUCAAUAAGGUUGUUGAGUUAUACGCAUAUUAAAAAGAAUCCCUUUAAAAAGA